AUGAGUGAUGAUGAUAGGAGCUUUUUUACAACUGAAGGAGGUUCCAACAUUGGCAGAGCAACAAAUGAGCCUGUUACAUAUAUAUGCAGUGAAUGUGGUGCAGAUGUCAGUUUACUAACCCAUGGAGCUGCUGUUCGUUGUCGUACAUGUGGCUGUAGAAUUUUAUAUAAAAAACGUACUCGUAAAAUGAUUCAAUAUGAAGCCAGAUAG